GAGCCUGCUGCUCCCCGCCUUUCGCGACCCGGGCGCCUUUAAAGCCGCAUCCCCACAGCCGGCGCCCUCUUCUCCCCGCCAGAAACUUCGAGGGUCGCCGCCUGCUCCCGAGUACCAGCCCAGCCCACCUGCCUCUCGCCGCCGCCAUCAUGAGCAGCAGCAGCAUCCGCGCCACUUCGUACCGCCGCACUUUCGGGCCGCCCCCGAUGCUGUCGCCGGUGUCGUACGCCUCGUCCCGCCUGGCCUCGUCCUCUUCCACCACGAGGCUGCUGAACACGCCUUCGCCCGGUCUGCGCUCGUACCGCGGGGGCGGCGGCGCCUUGAUCCUGCGCUCCAGCACGCCGGUGGCGCCCCGCCUCAUCUACAGCACGGAGAAGCUGGACUUCUCGGUGGCCGAUGCCCUGAACCAGGAGUUCCUGGCCACGCGGAGCAACGAGAAGCAAGAGCUGCAGGAGCUCAACGACCGCUUCGCCAGCUUCAUCGAGAAAGUGCGCUACUUGGAGACGCAGAACGCCGCCCUACUGGCGGAGCUGGGCCAGGCCCGCGCCAAGGAGCCCACCCGCGCCGGCGACCUCUUCCAGGACGAGCUCCGCGAGCUGCGCAGGCAGGUGGACGCGCUGGGCAGGGACCGCGACCGCCUGCAGGUCGAGAAGGACAACCUGGCCGAAGACUUGGCCGCCCUCAAGCAGAGGCUGGACGAAGAGCUGCAUAAGCGUGAAGAUGCCGAGAAUAACUUGGUUCUGUUCCGCAAGGAUGUGGAUGACGCUACCCUCUCACGCCUGGAGCUGGAGCGCAAGAUUGAAUCCCUCAUGGAUGAAAUUGAGUUCCUCAAGAAACUGCAUGAGGAGGAGCUGAAUGACAUGCAGGUGAGCAUGCACAGCCAACAGCAGAUGCAAGUGGAGGUGGAGCAAGCCAAGCCAGACCUGACAGCCGCUCUGCGAGACAUCCGCACCCAGUACGAGAGCAUCGCUGCCAAGAACCUGCAGGAGUCCGAAGAGUGGUACAAAUCCAAGUUUGCUGACUUGUCGGAUGCCGCCAACCGGAACCACGAGGCCCUUCGCCAGGCCAAGCAGGAGAUGAAUGAAUCUCGCCGCCAGAUCCAGAGUCUUACUUGCGAGGUGGAUGGACUCAAAGGAACCAAUGAAGCCUUGCUGAGGCAGAUGCGGGAUGUAGAGGAGCAAUAUGGGGCCGAGAUGGGCUCGUAUCAGGACACGGUGGCACGGCUGGAGCAGGAGAUCCAGCACAUGAAGGAAGAGAUGGCUCGGCACCUGCGCGAGUACCAGGACCUGCUGAAUGUCAAGAUGGCCCUCGACAUUGAGAUCGCCACCUACCGCAAGCUGCUAGAGGGAGAGGAGAGCAGGAUCACAAUGCCUGUCCAAUCCAUGGCGUCCUUCAAUAUCAAAACAACCACAGUUUCAGAGCCGGAGCCAGCUGUAGAGUCCCACACUAGGAAGACCGUUCUGAUCAAAACCAUUGAGACCCGAGAUGGAGAGGUGGUGACUGAAUCAAGGAAAGAGCAGAGAGCUGAGAUAGAGAAGUGAUGUCGGCAGCACCAGGCACCUGCCCCAAGCCAGGGAGAUGGGCACUCAAGCUAACCCAUGUGUAGAAUUCCCAGCCACAGCACCCUGUGUCCCCCACCACAAAGCCGCACUGGCCUUACUUACAAUGAUGACGAUACCUCUUGACCUCCAGCAGCCUUUCCACACUGUAUCAGGCUUCCUAAGCCAGCUCUCUCCUUAUGUGCACCUCUAGCCUUCUUGGGGGCAGCCUGGUUGUGAUCCCAGCAAUAACCACACAUGUGCUGGGGAGUGGGGAUUUCUCCAUCCUGCCUUCUUCCACUGCCUCUUGGCUCUUCUACUGUCUCUCAUUUUGCCCUAUAAGGUCCAGUUUCAGCCAGUCUUGUCUUGAAAGAGGGAAAGAGCUGUCUUUCAGCAAAGCAUUGGGCAUUGAUGUGAGCUAGCCCAAGGCUGGGCACAGAUAUUUCAGAUGUGUUUGGAUUCAGACCACAAUGAUCUGGUCUGCAGAUGUUCAUGCACUGUAGUUAGUAAACGCGUGACAUCUAGGAAGUCUGAAUAGGCACACCAACAUAGUCAUACCAAAGAGGACCAACAGCUUGCUCACAAUCUGUUUACUGCUCAUGGUGACCUUGAGGCCAGUUUCUUUUGCUGACUGCUGAGACCAAAUGCUGCUUACAGGGAUUCCCAAGAGUUCUCGGGCUGAGAAUUUCCUAAAUCAAGUUUGUAACCACUUAAGUCUUCAAGUGUACCCAAGAGAAAUGUAAACCACACAGAUCAUUAGCUGCAUUUAUUUAGUUUUUUAAACAUACUUUAGAGUAAUCCCUUCCUCAAAACAAAAUAAGCCAGUCUACCUGAGGGAAACUUUUCUCCACUUGAUUCAUGUGGCGUUUUAUCCAUAUUUAAGCAUCCUAAUGACAAUCUUACAGUCUGAACCAACUAUUUCUUACUGGGAAGUAUGUCCCACUGAAUCCAGUUGCACUUGCUCCCAGGUAAAUUUGUUUCUGCUUUAGUGGCCUUAAAGUGACAUUAUUUUGCCUUGAUACAGAACAACUCCUUAGACUUGGUUCAUAUGGUUAAUGAAAACAGUAGCCCCUUUCCCUUAUGGAGAAACCAGGGAAGCUAAGGCCAAAAUACUUUGUGAGUUACUGAAGAGAUUCAUAGCAUAAGGCUUGUCCUGAGCAUUUAGACUUGGCUUAUGUACACAAACUGGGAUCCUGUCACCUGAGCAUCCUGUCAUUCAUAAUCCCUACCCACAUGGAACUGACAUAAAGGAUGCUUGUUUAUGUAUAUAGGAACACAACACAACUGCCUGUAAUGUAAUUUAUCAAUCCCUCGCCAUCUCACUGCAGUCCAAGCAUACCAAACCAUACCAAGGAUGGCACAAGCUUUCCCUUGAUGUCAUUUUCAGUUGAAUUAUUCCUUUCACUUGCACUUAUAUUCUUCCUGCUUCAGCUAAUUCAUUGACAUUGCUAGAGGAUGCUAUGGAUACAACCUGAAAGCUGACAUGUUGAUUUCUCAAAAGCAUCUGCUGGCUCAAAAUUACUUCCCAGCAUUUGAUGUGAAACGAAUAUCUCUGAGAGUUGCUACUGGCCAUGCUUCUGGGCCCUUUAGAGUAGUCUGGCAUGCCAGCUUCAAGCAGAUGGAGGUUUCCUGGCAUUGAGAUUGAGCAGGGCUGUUAAAAAAGCUGGCAACUCUCAACUUCAAAGCCUUUCAAAGUGGCUUACAUUUUGGUAUACAAUCCUACAAUUUAAAUGGUGUAUCCAUACGUGGUCGCCAAGAGUCGACACCGACUUGAUGGCACUUAAUCCAUCAAUCAAUUAUCCAUGAUUUAAAGUGGAUAAGGCUGCCGUCUUCAGCACAUAUACUAGGGAGCACAUUCCACUGAGCUUGGUGGAACUUGCUUCUGAGUGAAUGUUCUUGGGAUUAUGCUGCAUGAGACUGAACUGGGAAAUCCCCAAGUACAAAUCUCACAUCUGCCAAAGGUGACCGUGGACAAGCUGUCUCACAGCCUCAGCCCCCCAUUCCCAACAUGGGGUUAAAAACAGUGGCCUACUUUACAGGUAUAUUGCAAGGGUGACUGAGCUAAUGCAUAUGAAAUACUCUGAACACCAAAAGCACUAUAUGAAAUUGAUAUUAAAAUUGCUUAGAAGGUCUAAUAACAGUGUGCUCGUUCAUACUCUCUUUCUUUCUAGAUAAACUUUAGGAUGCAAGUACACUGUGAUCAUCCAUCUCAAAGCUAUGUUUUCUGUUUUCUGCGAGUUUGUCUAGUCUUCUUUUAAACAUCAGCUAUGCACCAUUGAUCAUUGCUGCUUUAGUAAUAGAAUUCUUCAGGGCAGCUACAUCUUCAUUUUUCCCUUGCAUGUUCUCCUCUGGGUUGCAGAGAAAGUCUCUGCCGUGUCCUCCUUCCCCACACUUUGGGAGGCUCUCAAAGUUUUGGUCUUCACUUAAAAGUGUGUUACUGAGAUAAUGGUUUAUAAUCUAAAUGCUUGCAAGCUUAGGCUCACUUUUGGCAUCUUACUACUGAGUUUGUCUUUCACUCAAAAUCCUUUUGCAGUCCCCCCACCCUUUGCACUCAGAUUUUGUCACCUGCUGCUGUUAUAACCAAAACUUCACAUGGCACCCCAGUUCUAAGCAUGUUUACUUGGAAGCCAAACUUGGACUGAUUUCAAGGGUGUUGGUUUCAAAGUCGUUGCCCGACUUUGGGGGUUCUUGAAGGGGCUGCUGAGGCUGUCGCAACUAAACCUUGUGUUGUGUAAGCUGUUUCUCCUGCCUGUCCCUUUCUGGUCUUUCUGCUUACUCUCCUCUCCCAAAUUGCCCUGAGGUGAUACCCAAGUCCCACUUGCUAUAACAGGUGGGGAGAGCAGGAUCAAUAGAAGGGGUGGGCAGGAGACACAGGGACAGUGCAAUCUGCUGCAUUAUGUAAUCCUGUCUGGCUAUCCUGAUUAAACUGGUGCAGGGGCUACUGCACAUGAACAUAUCCACUUCUUUUGCUUUUCAAGGCAGACCAUAAUGUUGGGCCACUGGUGGUUUAGGAUGGAGGCACUUUGGUUUGGGUGAGCAUCUAACUCACAAGAAGAUAAUCUUGAGCUGCUUUGUUUAUCUGCAUAACAGUGUUGGUGUUCAAGGUGAAGAGAAGAGAGCUCCCCAUUAAUACUUAAUCUUAUCCCACCCCACACACCUUUUGGCAUGAUUUGGGUUCAAUAUGUUUAGAGGUAUGAAUAUAAGGCAAUGUUUGUAAAGUCCUCCCUUGGGAAGAGCAGCUGCAGCCACAUUAAUACUUUCUGCCCUCUAACAAUGCAAUCCUAAGCAUGUUUACUCAGAAGUAAGUCCCAUUGUGAUCAUUGGAGCUCAGUCCCCAGGGAAGUAUGCCAAGAAUGGCAGCCUAAGGCUGCAAUUGUAUUCUGCUAGGCAUGCCCAAUUCUGCAUGGGAUCAGGCUGCUCAAGUAUGUCCUGAGAAGAGCUCAUUGUAGGAUGGUGCUGGCAUUUUGUGGAGUCCCACUGCUGAGGCUGAAGUAGGUCGCUUCUCCCUCUUGGAUAAUAGCUUUUGAAAAAUGGGCCUCCUUCCUGGGCUUUGAUGCUGACUUCCCCUAAUUUUGAUAGCCAUGUUGCCAAUUUCCCAUACUCCUAGUCAGACCUAAGAAUUCCUGGUGCUAAUUCUUCCCUCUGUGUUAAUGACACCCAAGACUGGAUUCUGUGUUUCCUGCCACUGUAUUAUGCUAAUUCCCCAUUGAUCCCACUGUGUGCUUUGUCCCAGCAUGUCCACGCAUCCUGGCUCUCCAGAGUAGCCUUCCUUACAAUUUGGCUUGCCUAUACCCCACGUCUAGCUUGGGGAAAGAUGGCAUAUGCCCAGGUGACCACUCUAUCCCACACCCCCAUGAAGAAACAGGGUACAGGGAGAUUUGGAAGAAACUCGGAACAACUGUAAAACUUUCUGGUGCUUCCUGAUCUCCCCAUAAUAGUGACAGUUCCCUGAUGACAUUUGGCCAUUGUGUGGAAUGGGCCAUGGUUUGCUUCCAACCAGCCAAUAAACAACAUCCUGAAGAGUCUUCUGUGUUAAA